AUGAAGUCAAGGCCGAUGGAUGAGUGUGAAAACACACACUUGCGCAAGUGGAAGGAGGAAGACGAAAUGAGAAAAUGUGACAUGAAUCCUCUGGACAACAGGUCAGGCGCAGAGCAGACGGCAGAGGGCCGUGCGCGGAGGAGAGCCCGGGUCCUCUUCUCUCAGCUGCAGGUGUCCGAGUUGGAGCGGCGCUUCCAGCAGCAGCGCUACGUGUCCGCGGCAGAGCGGGAGGCACUGGCCCACACGCUGCAGCUCACGUCCACACAGGUCAAGAUCUGGUUCCAGAACCGCAGGUACAAGAACCGGCGGCAGCGCCAGGAUGAGUCCCUGGAGCUCGCGGGAUUCUCGUGCGCACCGCGGAUCGUGACGGUGCCUGUACUCGUGAGGGACCAGGGGCCUCACCCCAUGGCGUUCCCCGUCCCUCUGGGUCAUUAUAAUUCUAUCAUGCAUUAUGAGAACGGCCGCUUCGGUGGGCACUCUUUCCACAGCGCGUCGCCAUGCUCAGGCCCCGGGAGGAACGAACACUUUUCAGAGACGCUGAACCAUGGAUCUAUCUUAGCGCUGCACUCCGAAGGGCCCACCGACCACAGACACUUCCACGGCUUGAGAGGCUGGUGA